CUCGCAGGCUCGUCGCUCUUCCUUCAACCACUGAGGAUUCAGAAGCACUCGGGACGAAAGACUCUGUCACUGGAGCCAAAGAUGGCAAUGAGCAGCAUCCUCAACGCUGAUGACAUCAAGAAAGCUCUAGAUGCAUUUGCAGUUGCUGACUCCUUUGACUAUAAGAAGUUUUUCGAUAUGGUGGGUCUGAAGGCCAAGUCUUCUGAUGACGUGAAGAAGGUCUUCACGGUGCUGGACGCCGACAACAGCGGCUUCAUAGAAGAGGAGGAGCUCAAAUACGUCCUGAAGGGUUUUGCCAAAGAUGGCAGGGACCUGACAGACAAAGAAACCAAAGCAUUUUUAACAGCAGCCGACAAGGAUGGAGACGGCAAGAUUGGAGUCGAGGAGUUUACUUGCCUGGUGAAAGAAUAAAUAGUCACCUAGUGUGACUGACUAGCACUCCAAGAUCACCUCCUAACAACCUCUACAUCCCAACACCCGCUGGACCCCCCUUCUGCCCCAGCACCUACACCUCACCACCCCGCCCUGACUGACUCCCAGCCCAUCACACAGCAGCAAUUCCUGCUUCCCUUCUUCCUCACCCUCUCCCCCCACUACUGUCUUCGCUAUGAGUGCAAUGCCGCACUAUAGAAAGUAAGCUGUGGUGUGUCACCCCACUCCACACACCUCCUCAAACCUCCCGCGGCUAUAUUCAUCCUAUUUAUUUUAUCCUUUUUAUACAAACUGUUCUCGUUUGUGUUUAUGUAUAAAUAUAGAACAUGCCUGCAGGAAUAAAUCUAACAUUUUAACGCAUAAAGUAGAUAUUUAAAGUAAGCAGAGAGUAUAAGAGAACGACCCUUAUUUCCUUUUGUAU